CAAUGAAAAACCAUUUAAGUGUAAUAUUUGCGCCAACACAUUUAGUCAAAAAGUUCAUUUGAAUGCACAUUUAUUAACUCAUUCUAAUCAAAAACCAUUCCAGUGUGAUAUCUGCCUAAAAACAUUUAAUCGUAACUGUCUCUUACAGAGACAUUUAUUUAUUCACACUAAUAAAAAACUAUUCGAGUGUGAUAUUUGCCUCAAAAAAUUUAAUCAGAAAUAUUAUUUAAAUAAACAUUCCAAAUAUCACACUAAUGACAAACCGUUAGAGUGUGAUAUUUGUUUAAAAACCUUUCACCUUAAAUUUGACUUUCAG